AUGACUCUUUCACAAGUUUCAAGUCUAGUGCACGGAAGACUGCCUUCUUCCUUGGACGAACCAGACGAGGAGGGAAUCUGGACCCCCCUUCAGCUGGCCGCCGCGCAGGGCAAUCUACCCGAUGUGAAGCUUCUUUUGUCUCAGCCAGCGAGCAACCCCAACGAGCCCCCCAGAGGCUACUACGGCCAAACUGCACUCCAGGCGGCCUCGCUCAACGGUCAUCUUGCCGUGGUCAAGGCACUCUUAGCCGCCGGGGCCGAUGUGAAUGCUCCUGGGGGCAACAACGGCGGCCGAACCGCUCUUACCCUCGCCGCAGGCACCGGCCACUUCCAUAUCGUCCGCCAUCUAGUUGUUGCCGCAGGCGCCAACGUCAAACAUCCAGCACACAAAUACGUGGGGCGCACCGCCCUGCAGGCCGCAGCGGAGGGAGGCCAUCUUGCGAUCUUACAAUGGCUGUUACAACAGCAGCCUGUUACGGAAAUCAACGCGCCCCCCGCCAACAACCGGGGUCGGACCGCGCUGCAGGCCGCGGCGCUGGGUGGCUAUGAUGAGAUGGUAGAGUUUUUGAUGCAUGUGGGUGCGGAUGUGAAUGCAUCACCCUGCAGAUACCAUGGCCUUACGGCGCUCCAGGGCGCGGCCUUGAACGGUCACCGCACCACCGUCCGUCGGCUCUUGACGGCCGGGGCGGAUGUGAACGCUCCCGGGAGCCGGUACAAUGGCUACACGGCGCUGGCAGCAGCGGCAGAAGGUGGCCACGCGGAUAUUGUGCGACUCUUGCUGGACGCCGGCGCAGAUGUCUCCAUGGUAUCCGGGAAUAAGAGUUGGACGGCCUUGCGGUUUGCGGUUUGGCGGGGGCAGAAAGAGAUCGUGCAGCUUUUGACCUAA